AUGGCGAGCCGGGAGAUCUGCGACCACUCGCAAAAUGGGAGCCCCGAUUCCCCCGACCUCUUUGGCGCCAUUGUGGCCAGAGACCUCCAGGCAGCAACCCAAGCAGCGCCGGCCCAGAAGCCAGAUGCCAAAGGCGGUCCCACCCCACCAAGAUCCGGGGGAAGCUUCCUCGAUGACACCUACCUCUGGAGCCAGGAUAGGCACCACCUCCAAUGCUUGCUCCACAACCUGGAAAUCGAGCUCGCGGAGGACGGCCUCCACAUCCACCCCACCAAAACCGCCAUACUUCGCAGCCACCCAGAAGGAGGGGGAACCUUUCAGAUCAGCAACACCACGGCCACCUGCCAACCGCACAAGACAGUUAUCGCCACACUGGGCUCCCCCAUCACCUUCGGGGAGCAGACAGUGCCCAUCAUAGCGGAAAUGACCAGGCGGGGGAGACAAGCCUUUGCCAAACAUAAGCACAUACUGCUGGCCAGAACAGGCCUCGCAAGCAGGAUGACAGCCUACAUUGCCCUGGUACGCAACGCGGCACUCUACGCAGCAGAGACGUGGCCCGUGAACCAGCGCAUCCUUAGAGCUGCCAACUCUCUACAAGCCCAACACCUACGGCGCAUGCUCCACCUGGACAGAAGGCCCACAGAGCAGUGGGCAGACUGGCACAUACGCUCCCUCAGAACAGCCCGAGUACACCUGCACCGGGGGGGAUGGGAAAGAUGGUCGACCCACAUCCUCACCAACCUCUGGGGGCACAUGGCCAGAGCAGGAGAGGAGGUAAACGCUAUGAUUCGCUGGAAAGACCUGCGCUUCUGGCGAGCAGAGCAACGCAAGCCUCCCAGAGACAGAGUUAACCAUGCUGCCCGCUUCAACCCGGAGAAGGAUGUGGAGAGAGCCCUAGAAAGCAUCGGGGGAACAAACUGGGGCGACCUAGCAACGGACCGCACCCGGUGGCAACUACUCACAGCCAGCUUUGUUGACAAGUUCGACGUUCCAUGGGCAACAGGCAAGCAGACCAGAGCAAUCCCCCCGCCCACGGGGGGGAUGCCCAUGGCUGCUUAUCCACCGAUAAGCGGAGAGACAUGGCUGCUGCAGGAGCCCCUCUCAGAAAGAAGGUGGCUCGCCACAGUCACCCAGACACCCACUGCAGCACAGCAAGAGCCAUACAGCCAGUUCCUCAUGACCAGGGCCGACGCGUGGCACAUGCAGUUCACCACCACCACACCAGACCGCUUCCUGCAGGAGGGGGACACCAACCACAGCCCCACAACCGACCAAGCACAGAGCAGCACACAGCCGCAGCCGGAGAACACUCCGAGGCCAGAGGAGGACCCACCAGCGACAACACAGCAACAAGAGUGGCAGUGGAGGACAGACGACACCCACGACAACUGGGACUACUGGUACCAAGCACCACAAGAAGGGGGAGAUCCAUAUCCACACCUCGACCUCUACCAGUACCACGUCGACACCGUCACCGAGACCGGAGGGGGAAAGCCACUGGAACGACGCCGCGUGUAUGGCCGACUACCCUCAGCAGCCGCGGGCUCCAAUGACGCAGCCGCCGCGGGGGAACCACCAAGUGCACAAGCUCUACUUGCAGCACAGCGGGGAGCUAUCACGGCCACCCUCGCCCAGCUGCAGAUGAUACACGAGAUCGCGGACGGCCUCGCCAACAGAGAUGGUGAAAUCAUCUCCAACAUAUGCGCCAUUGCACUGCGCAUGCUCUCGCAAGCCGACACCCACCCGGAAGCCAGAACGUGGGGGAGAGCAGUCAUGGCGGAACCAACGGGGAUGAGCGAGGCCUACCGCUUCGUAUCCUCAAUGAGGGUGAGAAGGGGCGAGGGCUUUACUCCAGAAGAGUUCGCCACGGACCUCAGCCAGCUCAGGGCAAUGAUCGAGGCGGGCCUCUCCGAACUCCAGGAGCCGAUGCCGGGGGAUGUGACCGAAGCCAACCUCCACAAAGCCAUGGCCAAACUCAGAGAGGCAUACAAGAUGGUCGACGGGGUGAUCCUGCUGGCACUUGGAGGGGAUCGCACAUGGAACACGCUGGCAUGGUGGGACGCCCUCCAUGAUCUACUGUCGCCAGCCGCACUGCUGUCAACCAAAAAGGGGGAAGCCUACCACGUGGAGGACGAUCCCACCACAGCCCAUCCAGCUGAUGUGCUCAAGCUCGGCGGGGAGGGGAUCGAGGAAUGGCAAGCACGCACGGACCGGCGUGCAAGCGCCACAGAACGCCUCCUCAAAGCAGCCCGGAGACUCAAAGACAUCGUGCCCUACGUGACGGACACCGUGCUCAUGCCCGUGAUCGAACUGCUACAUGCUAUUGAAGCCUGGCAACAAGCUCUCUUCGGGGGAGCACACGCGGUGCAGGAGACCCACGUGGACCACACGGGGGAGCCCGAGACCGCCCACGACUCCCACGCGCCGGUUCGCGAGAACACCGAGGAGGAGACGGCGGCCUAUAGAACGGGGAAGCCGAGACCGACCACGGCUCCACCACGCAGCUUCGCGACGGCGCCGCGGAGGGCACGGACCAGCCCACCGACACCACAGGGGGAGAAGAGCUCCCAAACAUGCAAGGGGGCCCAGUUCUGGCUGCAGGCCACCCUUAGUCGGCUGAUAGAUUGGGCACGGAGUCAUGCGGAGCUCGUUGUUCAGGAUACUCAGGAUGCAGACGAUUCCAAGGCCACGCUCGAUUGUUUUGACCGUUGCGGCUCUUUUGGGCCGGAUGCAGCAUCUUUGGCGGAUUGGCUGUUGAGCCGGGCUCCGAACCUCGAGAAGUCCGUCGAGCAGGUGCAGCAGGAGUACCAGAAACUGAGAGCGACCUUUGAAUCUGCAAAGGAGAACUUGUUGUCCGAACGCAUGGAGUCUUACGGGCUUAAGUCUGGCGAUACGUUCAAGCCAAAGUUGGAAGUGCUGCAGCAAAAGCUCCAAGAGUCAAAAGAAGAGCUCCAGGUCCUCAUCGAAGAGAAGGGCCACUUGGAGCAGGCUAUUCAUGGGCCGAAGAAGAAGCUCAAGGCAGAAUCCGGCUUGGAGGACAAGGUUGUCAUGUCAGCUGUCGACGAAGCUGGGGACGUUCCGUCCAUGAAAGAGGCCACUGCCGAGUCCUACAGCGUUCUUUUCGGAUCCGACGGGCAACCCGUUCUGGAUGGGGCUGAGGACUUGCCGCAGCCAUCAGAGUUCAAGACCGUAAGCCAGUCUCGGCCAUACUUGGCAGAUUUGACAAAGGCAUGCCAACUGCUCGAAGAAAAGCGUGCCGGCCUCGCAGCAAAGCUUAAACUUGCCAACGGCGAGAGCUUGGAAGAAAGCGACCCGGGUGAUCGUGAAGAAGCCAGCCCGGUUCGACAAAAGAACUUGCAGGAACCUGCAGGAAUCAAUGCGCCUCUCGCCUCAAUCAAGACACAGUGGGUACUCUGA